AUGUCCUCACAACACACCUCAAUCUCCCCACUUACUACCUUCUUGAUCGCGGCUUUCUUUCUACUCUCCCUCUUCCCCGCAACAUUCGUCUCAGUUCUCUGGGCCCCCUACAAUUCGCUCGCCUCAUACUAUAUUCCUGUCGCAGCACCCCGCAGCACAGUGCUUUGCUCGAGUCCGAAUAUCUGCACAAUACCACCAACCAUGUCUUGGUUUCAAAAGCAAUUCACCCUCCCCUCGCGCAGCCGCGGUUCCUACCUAAUCACCGACACAAUCCUCAAAGAGCUCCCCGAGAUCAAAAACUACAAAACCGGGCUCCUCAACCUCUUCAUCCAGCACACGUCCUGCGCGCUCUCGCUGAACGAGAACUGGGACGAGGAUGUGCGCGCCGACAUGAGCACGGCAUUGGACAGGAUAGUGCCGGAGGACAAGAAGGGGCAGGGCCUGUACAGACAUGAUGCGGAGGGCAGUGAUGAUAUGCCUGCGCAUGUGAAGAGCGCGCUUAUUGGCGCGAGCGUGACGAUUCCGAUUACGAAUGGAAGAUUGAAUACGGGGACAUGGCAGGGGAUUUGGUAUUUGGAGUUUAGGGAUAUGAAGCAUUCGAGGAAGAUUGUUGCGACGAUUCAGGGCGAGAAGAACUAAACUGAAGGGGAAGGAGAUCUGGAUGAUCAAGAGAGGUCGAAGAUUUAGGCAGUGACACGAUAGCCGUGUAUAUGAGUAGAAGAGGAGGCAACAAGGCGUCACGAAUAAAUGUACACAAAUGUAUUGAGUAUACCAAGCAGCCGGCUAUACACUCAAUCCUCCAAACGCCAGCCACGAAAUAUCGAGAGACCUUUGUGGCGAGAACGUCGGCUCUGGGAAUGUUGGAUAUCGUUGGGUGAGAAGCGCCGUGACGUAAAGGAUGUUGGGGCGGGAGAGACCGAUUCGCAAUUUGGAGGCCGUGUAGAAAUUGUCAAGGUAUUGGAGAUGGCAGCAGAUCGUGUUUCGAGAUCCAAGAUGUGAUCAUCCAACAGGAGGGGGGGGGGGCAGUUUCAGCCGCGGUGAAAGACGAGGAAACCCAGCUCGGCGUCCAUGAGCCAUUGACCCGGGUAGCACUCGUUCUCGAUC